UGCAUAAUUCGUAAAGUUGAACUGUAGGCUAGUAAUGCAAUAGCCGAAUGAAGCCAGGGUAGUGUUAAUGCCUAAUUAGUGCACAUUUGGAGUGGUAGCAGCUCGACUGGAGCAAUGAAUGAAUUAUGUAGCAGCAUGUGUUUAGCAUAGGCUAUGAGAAAGUCAUAGUGUAUGCUUCUUUUAUAGUUGUUAUGAAACCAGUUAUUCAUUUUACGCUGAACAAAAUAACUACACUGAAUGCUAUCGACGUGUUUUACUUUCACUUGAGAAACAGCUAGCAGCUCGGUAGUUUCUUUCCUGCUGAGCUAGCAAAUGAAUUUAACCACCAGGCAAAGAAAUACAUCGAAAGAAUAUUUCAGCAUCAGCAUAAGCAAGAGUUUUAUGUGGCCUAUUAUUAUUAUUAUUAUUCAGUGUUCCAUCAUUAAGUGCAUAAUGGUAGAUCCAGGAUGCAAAUGUUUUGUUAUGUUUUGCCUUCAAUAUAACGAUCACUAUUGCGACAUUCUGCAGCAGUCUUAGGCAUCUGUUUGCCCACGUUUGGUGGGCGUGCCAGGGGCGUUAUGGUACCGAAAGUUGUCGCAGGCUAUAAGAAUCCGUAUCGCAUUGAAGGCUUGCCCAGUCGCCUUAUCAGCAGCCAUAGUAAUAGCCUUUGGACGUUCAGUACAGAACUGUUUCAGUUUAUUAAUUUUAUUUUAAAUUGACUUAUAAUUCUAGUCUACAAGUAGCUCUGUGUUCCAAAUUAAUUAAUGAUUUUAUCUGGCAUAUGUGUAGUUAUGUGUCCCAGUUCUAAUGAAAGCUCAAGGGAUAUACCAGCUUAUUACUGAGGUAAUUCUAGGCGUACAGCAUGCAGUUCAAAACACGCAGUGAUGCUUGUAUGCAGGGAAGCAUAGGAUAAGAUGCCCCCUGCCUGUUGUGAUUUGCCUGUAACUUUAUGCGUAUUCAUCUUGUAUUUUUUAAAUUGCACAUCCAAAAGCAGUGUCUGUUCUACAAAAUGUAAGCCUUAACUAUAAAAAACGUGUUUGUCUCAGCGUUGGCAGAGGGGUGGAAAUGCGUCAAACUCGUGCACCGUCCUCUCCAUUCUCGGGGCUCCGUGCGCCUUCAUGGGGUCUCUUGCACCUGGGCCCGUAGCAGACUUCGUGCUCGCAGACUUCCGCAGGUACGACAUCGACGUGUCUCUCCUGGCCGAGCGGGCCGAGUGCUCGUUCCCCGCCUCCGUGGUGAUCAGCAACGUGCGGACUGGCAGCCGCACCAUCCUCCACAUGAACAGGUUUGUGCGGGCGUGGCCCGGGGCUAUGGCGGGGGUACGGCUAUCGCGUCGCCCCUCGUCCGGACACGGCUCAGCUCGGAGUCGUGGAAACCUGCCAGAUGUUUCGGCAGAAGACUUCUCCAGGGUGGAUCUGAGCCAGUACAAGUGGAUCCACUGGGAGGGUCGGAAUGCGGAGGAGCAAGUGAAAAUGAUCCAGCGGGUGGAGCAUUACAACAGCACGCUACCAGAGGACAAGAGGAUCACCAUCUCCGUGGAGAUAGAAAAGACCAGGGAGCCAUUGUACCAGCUAUUUCCAUAUGGAGAUGUGGUGUUUGUCAGUAAGGAUGUGGCCAAACACUUUGGGUUCCAGACUGCAGCAGAUGCACUGAGGGGUCUCUAUGGUAGAGUGAAGAAGGGGGCGGUGCUAAUGUGCGCCUGGGCGGAGAAAGGGGCAGAUGCCAUGGGCCCAGACGGAGCGGUCGUCCACUCGGACGCCUUCCCUCCGGAGGCCCUCGUGGACACGCUCGGGGCAGGCGACACCUUCAACGCGUCCGUCAUCUUCGCCCUCUCCCGCGGGAAAAGCCUGCAGGAGGCGCUGUCGUUCGGCUGCCAGGUCGCUGGGAGGAAGUGCGGUGUCCAUGGAUACGAUGACAUCGUGCCACAGAAACAGUAAAGAAGCAGGCUGGUGAAGGCAAUCAAGCUGGAAACAACCAUAGGACAAGUGCUACAAAGACUGGUUAGCAUUUGUGGAUGUGAAAAAGACCCAACGUGGCAACCCACAUGACAUUAGUGGCAGACAAAUGAUAUAUUACAAAAAAAAAUGUUUUCGUUGAAAUUACGAAAACAAAACAUUAAAAAAUGUAUAAAAAGGUAUAAAACGGUUCUGUUUUCGAAACUAUACUCCAUCUGUCAGAUAAACUUGUUAUAAUAAUGUCUUAACCUUAAAUUGUACAUUCAGAGCGUCUGUUUAACUGAUUGUUAAUUAAUUUAAAUUACUAGAAAUGAUUGCUGCUUGGGUUAACACUGGUUUAAGUGUAAGUGAAAUCUGAAUUUCUUAAUUUUAUGUUUACAUAAAUAAUUGACAAGAUGA